AUGGGUUGGGUUGGGUACAAGACCGCAUGGGUUAACACCAAAAGAUCCAUUGUGCGACUUAUGUUUUCGUGGGAACUUCACGUGUCCGCAAUCUCUUUCUGUCGUGUCGAACUCGGCAAUUGCCGAGUGGUACUGCCACUGCCAUUUUGCACCAGUCGUCGGAGCGAAGUGUCGCGAGUUGGUUUCCGGAUCGAGAUUUUGCGCGUCCACGUAGCGGAGACGGCUGGAAUAUUCUCCGAUAUUCCAGUUUGGUCCACACAUGUAACUCGCAUUCCAACAGGAUACGCGGUUCUUACACUGAGAUUGAACGACAGUACAACUGAGGAGAUCAUCAAUACAAGUCUUGGUGACGAACGGACAUUGUCAGCGGGCAAGACGGAGACCUCGGGCGGCUGUCACAUCAGCACGUUCUGUGGGCACGCUGCGCCAGGCCAAAUGUCUGGAAUCAACCGGACAAUCGGCUCGCAGCGCAACAACACGGGCAGGAAAGCACUCCAAGCAAUGGCAUCUGACCCGAAGCGCGCAAUUUGA